GCAGUUUUGCCUUGUAUAUUUUCCCAAAGAUAAGGAAACAGACUAACAAAGAUGGCAAGAACAAAGCAGACUGCCCGCAAGUCUACCGGCGGUAAAGCUCCUCGAAAGCAGCUCGCCACCAAAGCUGCUCGUAAAAGUGCUCCUGCUACUGGCGGCGUAAAGAAGCCUCAUCGUUAUAGGCCAGGAACAGUGGCUCUGAGAGAAAUUCGCCGCUACCAGAAGUCUACUGAGCUCCUCAUCCGCAAGCUACCAUUCCAGCGGUUAGUUCGAGAAAUCGCUCAGGAUUUCAAAACUGAUUUGCGAUUCCAGAGCUCUGCCGUCAUGGCCUUACAGGAGGCUAGUGAAGCCUAUCUGGUAGGUUUGUUCGAGGACACCAAUCUCUGUGCCAUUCAUGCUAAGAGAGUGACCAUCAUGCCCAAGGACAUCCAGCUGGCCCGACGUAUCCGCGGUGAACAAUACAUCGUUGAGUUUAGAGUAAGUGCAGACAUGGCAAGAACUAAGCAGACAGCUCGUAAGUCUACUGGCGGUAAAGCUCCCCGAAAGCAGCUCGCCACAAAAGCGGCUCGUAAGAGCGCACCUGCUACCGGGGGCGUAAAGAAACCUCACCGCUACAGGCCUGGCACGGUAGCCCUGCGAGAGAUCCGUCGCUACCAGAAAUCCACCGAGCUUCUUAUCCGUAAGUUGCCUUUCCAACGACUGGUGAGAGAAAUCGCCCAGGAUUUCAAGACCGAUCUCCGCUUCCAGAGCUCCGCUGUUAUGGCUCUGCAGGAGUCUAGUGAGGCUUACUUGGUGGGUCUGUUCGAAGACACCAACUUGUGCGCCAUCCACGCCAAGAGAGUCACUAUAAUGCCCAAGGACAUCCAGCUGGCUCGCCGUAUUCGUGGAGAACGCGCUUAAAGACGCAACUGA